UGGGCUUUUUGCUGCGUUCCACGUGCAGAGUCUUCGACUAAUAUAAUUAACGUUGUAUCAGGGAUGGAAUGACCACUACACAGGUGUCGAACUAUAGUAAUUAAUACUCGGUUCCCCUCGCAUAAGGUCGUCUCAAGGAAUAAAAUAUUGUGGUGUAGCAGUGGAAGGAACAGUCGUAGUGUCGUUCAUCGUUCCAUCAGCGUCGCGUCGAAGUUGAAGACCUGCUACAAUGUUUUGGAUACGCAAGUUUCUGAUGUUCGCUGUGGUUCUUUUGGCCCUCGGACUCGCCAGGUGUGAAAAUUCCGAUUCAAAAGAGCCAAAGAAAACUUAUGUCAGUUUGUUGGAGAAAGCAAUCAUGCUAUUCUUGAAAACUAAUGACGCGAUCAAACAUGAAACCAUGUCUAUAGAAAAUGACUUAGCCCAAACGUCUGAAUCUACGAUGGAUCAAAUAAUAAACAGCGGGAAUACAUCGAUCGCCAAUGUUUUCAAUCCAUUCAAAGACAAAAUCAAAUUGAUAUUUCCAGGGACAUAUUGGUGCGGCGAUGGUGAUAUAUCGCCUAACAAUGAGGACGUAGGAUUGUUCGAGAGAACGGAUGCCUGUUGCAAGGCUCACGAUAAGUGCCCAACGUCGAUUUCAGCGCAACAGGAAAAAGACGGACUUCUAAAUAAUGGUAUUUUCACGAGAUCGCAUUGUGAUUGCGACGGGCAAUUCUAUCGUUGCUUGAAGGAAGCCAAAUCCCUUGUAGCUACGAAUAUCGGAACCACAUACUUCAACGUUUUGAGGCCACAGUGCUUCGACGAAUCCUAUCCCAUCAAGAAUUGCAAAAAAUACUCAAAACGCCGACUAAUAAACGACAAGUGCGAGGAAUACAACUACAACACUACACAACCGAAAGAAAUGGAGUGGUUUGAUAAUCCAGAUUUUAUUAAUAUAUUAUAAUAUGAUUUAUUAAUUGUUUAAUCGUUUAAAUAAACCAAUGUAUAGAGUAUCGUAAGAGAAGUACAAGUAAGGGGAAUUCCCUGGAAUGUAUGCAUGAAUAUGUAUGACCGAUCUAUAAUAGCGUUAUUGUAAAGUAUUGUUAAUAAAAGUUGUUAGUUGAAAAUUUGUG